ACUCGAACCAGUGACCUUCUUGCUAACUACUGAGCCACGGUGCCACCCUCUUCUAAGCAUUAACAAAAACUGAUUAAACCACGGAUGUAAGACCUUCUUCUUUACUGAUGUUGUAAAUUCCAAGAUUCUGAUCACUCUGACCUUCACCCUUCACACCUCCUCUCUCUGCCUUACUGCUGCUCACUGCAAGAAGAUAAGGGAAGGCCCAGAUAGUUUCUCACCAGUCUAAAAACCUGUGCUGUCCAGCUUUCAUCUAUCUUCACCCUGACCAUGAAACAGAUCACUGGAACUUUGCAAAGUCCCUGCUAGCUUUAAAAGUUCCACUAUCACCCCUGUGCACAAGAAACAGUGAAAGUAAAAAUUACAAUAAAAGGAAGUGCUAAUUUUAUGGGGGAUUUUUACACAGUUUCACAGUAGUCAGUAUGGAAAUGCUGUAUCAUGAAUGACAUACAGACUCUUGACCACAUUCAAAUGAACACACAGGAGUACAGAAACAUGUAAAUGAGGAAGAAAACUGACAAAGUCCUCUGUUCAGAGAAAUAAACAAAUGAUUUGAUAUGCUGAACGACGGAUGAGUGCAGAUAUAGAAGAAUCACGGUCUGAAGACAGAAACAUCAGACUGAGGACAGAAACACACCAGCUCUGAAAAAUGGCUCAGACUCUAUAUUUCCCUCUUCUCCUCAUUGCUCUCUGCUCCAUAUCUGAAUGUGUUCAGCGUCAGUAUCACUUCAUAAAUGAGAACAAGAACUGGACUGAAGCUCAGAGAUACUGCAGAGAGAAUUACACAGAUCUGGCCACUGUUGACAACAUGAAUGACAUGAACCAGCUGAAGAACAGUUUGGACGUAAAUUAUGGAGUUGUCUGGAUUGGUCUUCAGGGUACAAAUGUUAGUAAUUGGCAUUGGUCUUCAGGUGAUUCUGUGCUCUUUCUGAACUGGGCAUCUGGACAACCAUACAGCAGUGAUAAUUGUGCUGUUAUGAUUAAUGGAAAGUGGUUUGUUGGGGCAUGUACUGCCACCUGGACUUUCAUCUGCUACAACAUGAGCGGAGGACUGGUGUUUGUCAAUCAGACGAUGAACUGGAGAGACGCUCAGAGUUACUGCAGACAGAAUCACAUUGAUCUGGUCAGUGUGAGGAACCAGAAUGAGAAUCAACAGCUGGAGAAGUUCAUUAAUGACAGUCAGAUAUCUGGAUCUGCAGUCUGGAUCGGUCUGUUCAGAGACACAUGGCAGUGGUCAGAUCAGAGCAGCUCCUCAUUCAGAUACUGGAAACCUGGUCAACCUAGAAGUCAAACUAACGAACACCGUGCGGCAGUUGAACAGUUCAGUCAGGGACAAUGGGCUAUAUACUUUUAUGCUAUUUCCAAUAACCAGUUUCCUUUUAUAUGUCAUGAAGAUAAACUGAUUGUGAUCCAGCAGAAUCUGUCGUGGUCUGAAGCUCUGAGAUACUGCAGACAGGAUCAUGUGGAUCUGGUCUCGGUUCAGUCAGUGGAGAUGCAGCGUCGUGUGAUGAACGUGGUUAAACUGGCGUCUACUGAGGCGGUGUGGUUGGGUUUACACAACUUCUGCAGCGUGAACAUGUGGCUCUGGGUGAAUGGAGACAUGGUGUGCUAUCAGAACUGGGCUCCAGGGAACGGCAGCACACCGGAAAACUGCAAACUGGAGAACAGAAAAGGAGCAGUUCAGUCUGGAGGAAAUCAGACCUGGAUCAGCCUUCCUGAAUCUCAUAGACUCAACUUCAUCUGCACUAACUACUGAGAGAAAAGAUGUGAGAUUGUAGGUGUUUACUUCCAUUCACUUCCAUUCAGUUUUCACAUUGCAUUAUUUUUAAAUGUGGACAACAGUCAGAUUUUUAUGACAUGCUAUUAUUGUUGUUUAACAAAUGUUUAAUAGGAUGAUUCGCACAAAAGAAAAAUGUAAAUAAGCCUGUAAUUUCCCUCAAGCAUACGCUAGCACAAGUGGUUUCCAUGUUACUGGUUUAUUUGUUGGCUUUUUCCCCCAAAUCCACCGUGAAAUUUAAACAAUGAAUACAAAACAAAUGUACUUAAUACAAAUCAAAACAUCCGUAAACAAACAAACAAAUUUUAGAAACUUUAAACACAACAUACAAAUAUAAAGCAAAAUGCCUCGUUGGCUUCAUGCUAUAUAAAAGAAAUGGUCCUGAAUGCUUCUUAAAUCACUUGUUGAAGUCCUCGUUGAAGUCAAUACAUCCAUUGACGAGCACAUGCAAACAACUCAUGUUUGCCGAUCGCUUGCUAAGAGGAAGUCAUAACCUCAUGGGCAAUCAGCCAAUUCAUACAAUCGCAGAGAUUUCAAAAUGAAAGUCCCAAACCAAAUAAAUUCACAACUAAUACAUGUAGCUUAUUUUCUCCACAACAAAAAAUUAUCUUAGAAAGCAGACAACUUAUAUUCAUAAUAUACAAAAUAACAGCAAACAGUUACACUCUAAUAAAUAUAAAUCAAAAUAUCCUUGUCCUCCUAAUGUAGAGGUGCCCAAACUUGGUCCUGGAGGGCCGGUGUACUGCAUAUUUUAGUUCUAACCCCAAAUAAACACAACCGAAUCAGCUAAUCAAGCUCUUUCUGGGUAUACUAGCAACUCACAAGCAAGUGUGUUGAAGGAAGUCGGAGCCAAACGUAUACAGGACACCG